UUACACGUGUAUAUUCAAGGAUCGAUAUAAAUCAGGGCUUCAGCUCUCGCUCAUCAGAUCUAAAAUCGCCGUUUCGUCUCUUCUGUUCAACCCACACGCGCAGGCAGCUUUUCUACAAUGGCCGAAUCAAAAUCUACCCUGAGGAAACCGGUGUUCACCAAGAUUAACGAGUUGAGGCCAGGAACCAGUGGUCAUACACUGACUGUUAAGGUUGUCAGCACGAAGAUGGUGAUGCAGAGAGGUCGCACCAAUGGCCCUCAGGCACGACAGAUGCGGAUUGCGGAAUGUUUGAUCGGAGAUGAGACAGGGAUGGUCAUCUUUACUGCAAGAAAUGAUCAAGUCGAUUUGAUGAAAGAGGGGGCCACAGUGAUUCUCCGAAAUGCGAAGAUUGACAUGUUCAAGGGAUCGAUGAGGCUAGCGGUGGACAAGUGGGGACGUGUCGAGGUCGCUGAUCCUGCAGAUUUCACCGUGAAGGAAGACAAUAACCUUUCCUUGAUCGAGUAUGAACUCGUUAACGUGGUCGAAGAGUGACGGAUCUUCCCCCCCGGGAACUCGUUAACUUGUCCGGCUUUCCUCCGUUUUAAGUGCUUUGGCCUUCCUUGUGAUGUAGUUUCCGACUUUUUUUGUACAUUGAUUCUCUCUUCGGCGCAUAUUUAACACAAACUUUUGUUUAUUUUGUUACCGUGUUAUAAACCGUGGCAGUGAAAAGUAAAUCAUUGGAGAUUUUCCAGAUUUUUCA